CGCGUUAUUUGAUGUAAAAGCCAGAUGGGAGACCUCCAUGGUCGAUCGUAGUUCGUAGGUAUCACAGAUCCGUGGUACCGCCUUUAUGAUCUCUGGCCGGUUCAUGUGAGGGAUAAAAGUAAUUCUGCUUUAUUGGUAGUCACGAACGGUGGCGAAAAUGGUGAUACUUUUUGCGAUAGCGUGCGUUGUGUUUGUAAAGUAAAUUGUAGAUUACUGUGGCAACCUGUUCAACCUUAUUGACAUUUGAUAUUUAUAAUGCAAGAGAAAUCAGAAGUCCAAUAUUUGACAUGAAUGAGGCCACGAAGAGGUAUUUUUGCCAGACUUCUGUCUAGGUUGGCUCAGUGAUUUGAUCUGUUCGGAAAUAUUGAUAUCGCAGCAGUCGUGGUGCUCUGCAAGGUUCAGAAGGAUUAACUGAGGGAGAAGGAGUAGCAUUUCUCAUUCUGAACUGGAGAUUGAGGAAUCAUUUUGAAGAUACACUACUUUACUGGAAUAAAUGUAAUUUGAGAGAUUAUAACUGGACAGAAUGCAGGCUUGGAAUCAGUGGAGUAACCAGGCUACGGCAGCAGCAGCGGCGGCGGCGGCAGGCUUCACUGCAGCAGGGUACCCAUCCACUGCAGCUGCAGCCCCUCCAGCAGCAGCUGCGGCAGCCCCACAAACAGCAUAUCCAAUUGGCUAUCAGUAUUAUGGAGCUGGACCAGGAAUUGCAUCUGCUACUCCAGAUAUGGCUGGCUACACGCAGCAGCAGUGGAAUGUAGUUCAGCAACAACAUUGGCAACAGUGGCAGCAGUGGCAACAGCAGUUCCAGCAGUGGCAGCAGCAGUAUGGUGACAAGUAUCAGGAAUCGUUAAAUUCUAUGGCUCUUCAGGGCGGUGCAUCAGUGGGACCUGCUGUAGAUAUGGCGCACCCACCUCCUUUGCCUCCACCAGAUAAAUCUGUUCCUCCACCCCCACCAGAAGAAGCUGAUCCUCAAUCAGACAUAUACAGAACUUCAGGUGUGACAAAUAAAAUGCAGGAUGGUACUACUGCCAGUAUUGCAGACAGUUACAACAACCGUGGCAGCGGAGGAGGUUUCCAGGCUGGGGAUCGUGGUGGUAUUACUUCUCAUCCCAUGCCAUAUUAUGGAGUUCCUCCACCGACUAAAGGAACACCACUUCCAAGUGACUUCAACAAACCUCCCCCAGUUCUGAACAUUGAUGCAGGGUUUGGUAGUAAGGGCAGUACAGGUGAUGGCUACCAGUCUUCAAAACGACCUUUUCAAGGACCAGACAUGUCUCGAGAUCAGUUUCCUGAUGACAGUAAGAAAUCUCGUGGUGAAGGUUAUGGGAGUGGAUUUUCUCCUUUAAAAGGAGAGGAACAUGGUGGCAGAGGAAGAGGUUCACGGGGAGGCAGAUGGGCACCUCCAACUUCCAAGGAGCAAGAACCGUCGUGGAAAAUUCCACCUGAAAGAGAUUCAACUCCACAGCCUGUGCGAGCCCCUACCAAGGAUAAUCCAGAUGAAUUGUCUGCAGCUGAGAAAAAUUUUGACAUUCAGUUUAAGCAGUGGGAAGAACAGUUCAACAAAUGGAAAGAACAAAAUAUUGAUCAUCCUGAUAAGACUCAGUAUCGUGAAUAUGAGGCCCAGUGGGAUAGCUGGCGAGAACAUCUCUUGCAGCGCAGAGAGCAGAUGAGGAAGAAAAGAGAGGCAUCAAAUAAAUUGGCUGAAUCAAGCAGUGACAUUUUCCAGUCUGACAAUUCUAGUCGGGGUGGAAUUGGCUCAUCCCCUGCAAGAGGCAGAGGAGGACAUGGACGUGGCAGUGGAUUUGGCAAGGUUGCUUCAAAUGUGGGGCAAGAUAAUUUUUGUGGAGUACAAGAUGCUUCUAAUAGAGGGCCUGGAAGUUUUGGCAGUACUCAUUUGCCACAAGAACAGAAUGUUGGUGGUGGUUUCAGAGACCAGAAGCCUGGCCUUGGUACAGGUGGAGAUUUUGGUGGCUAUGGAAUGUCACAGCAAGAUCAUGGUGCAAAGUCAGGAGGGUCUGAACCUCCAGGAAGCUUUGGGGACCAUGGUGUUGGUCAACGAUCAGUAAUUGGUGGGGCCAGCACUGUGGGUCAUGAUGGGUUUGGUGCCCAGCAUGGUUUUGGAUCUUCAUCUGCACCUAAUCAGGACUCCAAGAGUGGACCUGCAUUUGGAGGUUCAGUACCAUCAAUACAAGACCCAAAAAUGCUUCAGUGUGGACCAAAUAGAGGAUUAAGUGAUUUUGGAAGUACUGCUUCUCAACCAGACUGUUCUGUUUUAGGUGGUAACUUUGGUGUUCCUCCACCAUCUCUGGUACAGCAAGACUUGAAAGGGAUGCCAGCAGCAUUGAACCAGGGGUCAGGAGAUUUUGGAGACUCUCCAGUACCGCAGAAACCAUCAAAUAUGGUGAGUCCUACUCAUUCCCAGCAGUUGACAUUGGCACCAAAAUCCUCUGGAGAUGAGAAGACUAUUACUGAAGGAGAGAUACAGUCAGAUGAGAAAGAUAAGUCAAACAACACAGGGAAACUAGAUUUCACUAAGAAUGCUGCAGAUGGAAUUCCUGGAUUAGAUCUUCUUGCUGAGCGGGACAAACAGAACGAUGCCAAAUCUACAGCAGAAGAAAGAGAGCUGUCAGUUGGUCAUGAUAUAGAUGAGAGAAAUCCUGAUGUGUCUUUGAAUCCUGGUGGCUUUAUUGGACCUGUACCAGCACCCACUUCCACUGAGCAACAAAAUGAUCAGGGACUUGGUAGGCAAGGGUUUGGGACAAGCAGACCACCCAGUAUAAUGCCUUUUCAGCAAUCAAAUAUACAAGGUUUUGGCCCUGACAGCAAAGGUCCCUUGAAUAACCAAGGUUUCCAACCUGGAAGUCAGAAUUCUCCAAAUGUACAAGGGCCCUUUAAUCAAGGAUCAAAUAUUCCGAAUCUUGGGAUUGGAGGAAAUAAGAAUGUCAGUAAUAAUGAAAACCAGCCAAAUCCACAGAACUUUGGUCCAGGAGCUCAAGGUCCAAAUCAGUCAUAUGGGAUAGGAAAUCAAGGCCCAAAUCAGUCUUUUGGUCCAGGAUUUCAAGGGCCAAACCAGUCAUUCAACCCAGGAAAUCAAGGCUUCAACCAAUCAGUGGGCCCAGGAAAUCAAGAAUCAAUAAAUCCACAAGGAUUUGGACCACAAAACAGCAUGGGAUCCCGCAGAUUUGGUUCAGAUGGAAAUCAAGGUUUUGGUCCAGGAAAUCAAUCGCACAGUUUUGGACCAGGAAAUCGAGGUUAUGGGCCAAAGAACCAAAGUUCUUCAGGAAUGGGAAUUCACAGCAAUAACCAGGGCUUUGGAUCCAACAAUUUUGGCCCUCAAAAUAACCAGUGUUUUGGCCCUGAUCGAUUUGGAGGUGCUCCAGGGCCUCAGCCAUGGGGUGAUGGUUUGGAUGGCUGUAACAGAGGAGGAUGGAACCAAGGCCCAUCUCGUUUUGAUGGACCAGGAAAGGAUAAUUCACAAGGCAUGAUGGAUAAUUUCCAGGGACCUAGGGACAGUUUUCAAGAUAUGAGGGAUAAUUUUCAAGGGCAACGUGAUAAUUUUCUAGGACCUAUGGAUCGACCACAAGGACCUAGAGAUAAUUUCCAGGGUCCAAGGGAUAAUUUUUUUGGUUCAAGAGACAGUUUCCAUGGGCCACGAGAUAAUUAUCAGGGUCUAAGAGAUGGAUAUCAAGGACCAAGGGAUGGUGGAUUCCCAGGGCCAAGAGAUAAUUUUCCUGGUCCAGGUGACAGAUUUCUUGGGCCCAGGGAUAAUUUUGGAGGGCCUAGGGAAGCUUUCCAAGGGCCUCGUGAUAAUUUUCAGGGUCCAAAAGACAGAUUCUCAGGGCCACCAUUUGGAGACUUUGGGCAUCCAGGAGAAUCAGAAUUUGGUCGUGGAGGAUCACAUGAUUUCCCUCCUCCCCAAGACUUCCAGCAGGAAGGAGGCCGUGGAGGACCCCAAGAUCACGGAUUUGAAUAUGGCAGAGGUCGUGGGGGCAGAGGAAGAGCACGGGGGAGAGGUGGCUUUGGACCCCAAUCUUCUGAGAGAAGCCCUGGAGAUGAGCUCAGUUGGCAGCGAGGUGGUGGAAGAGGCAGCAGCAGAUUUGGAUCAGGAGCAGAUGACCAGAGACUGCAGCAGCCAGAUCUUGGUCUGUCAGCACAGAUUAUCAAAGGCACUGACUCAUUUGGAGAAGAGGGUGGUUUUCCUGCUGAAGAUAGGAAAUUUCCUCCAGACAUUUCUGGUCCCCCUGAAUCUGACCGUGCAAAAUGGGACAGAGAAAGGGGCAGUCCAUUCCACAGGGAGCCUUUUUCAAGGUUUGGUGAUCAGCCACCCUCUCGUAAAAGUCUGGGUGGUGAAGAGGAUUUAGGGAGUUCAAGAUUUCCACCACCUGGAAAUCGAGAAGAUAGAUUUGGGGAUUUUCCUAAAGGUGGUUGGGGGAGGUCAGAGGAAAGAGGACAGUCGUGGGACCUUGGCAAUCGAUCUCGUGAUUGGAACAGGGACUUCAAGCUAGAGCCUGCUACCGUGGUGGACUAUGGCCACAGACCAGUUGCAGUUCCAGGACUAACAGAUCCUGUAUUGUCAGUGGGGAAGUUCCCCGAACCAGUGCAGACAUUUGACUAUGGUCAUGGUACUUCUUCACGACGGUCGGAUAUUCCUAACACAGACUCCUGGAGAAGAGAUGACCCUCCAUUCAGAAGUGGCCGUGAUAAGGAUGACAAAUCUCACAGAGAGAGAGACAAGGACAGAGAAAGAGACCGAGACCGUGAUCGAGAACGGGACCGAGAUCGAGAUCGAGACCGAGAAAGAGACCGAGACCGUGAUCGUGAUCGUGAACGAGACCGUGAUCGGGAACGUGAUCGAGAUCGAGACUGGGGAAGAAACAACUGGGACCAAGACAGAGAAUUUGGUAAACGAGAGUCUCGGUGGGAGCGAGAACAUGGCAGUCGGAUGGAUUCAGAUGUUGGACGGGAGGACAGAGGGAAGGACAAAUGGGAGGAAGAAGACAGAUACAGAAACAGCGGAGGGGAUCGUUGGGUUCGUCGAGAUAGGGAGAAAGAUGGGGACAGAGACAGUUACAAAGGAAGCAGUAGUGGACGCUACAGAGAAAGUAAUAAGAAGGAAGACAGCAGUCAUGGAGACUUCCCUGCUCCACCUGAUGCCCCUCCACCACCAACCUUCGCAUCACCUGUUCCACCAUCUGAAAGCCAAGUGCGGGCUGUGUUAGUGGAAGAUUUGCUGUGUCCUCCUGGCCGAGCAACUCGACCUGCCCGACUGGUGAUAUUGUUACGUGGACCCCCUGGGUCAGGAAAGACAUUUGUAGCAAAACUUAUAAAGGAUAAAGAAGUUGAGAUGGGAGGUUCAGCCCCUAGGAUACUGGCUCUAGAUGAUUAUUUCAUGGUCGAGACUGAGAAAGAGGAAAAGGAUCCAGAGACUGGGCGCAAAGUCAUCACCAAGGUUAUGGAAUAUGAAUAUGAAGCAGCUAUGGAAAAGCAUUAUCGCAGCUCAUUGCUGAAAGCUUUCCGCAAAACAGUGAAUGAUGGUUAUUUCCCUUUCAUAAUAGUAGAUUGUGUGAACCAUCAGGUGAAGCAUUUUGAAGAAAUGUGGAGCUAUGCUAAACAAAAGGGGUUCCAGGUGUAUAUUUGCGAGAUGGAUAUAGAUGUGAGCAUGUGUACAAAACGCAACAUUCACAACCGUACAGAAGAAGACAUAGCAGAUAUUGUGAAGAACUGGGAAGAGACGCCACGCCAUCAUUUACGAAUUGAUAUACGAUCACUUCUUCAGUCAGUCGCCAUCACAGAGGUUGAAAUGGAGGACACCACAGCUGAGGAUGACAAAGAGGAAGAGUUAAAAGAGGGUGAUGAUGAAAAGGAGGAAGACAGUCAGGAUGGAGAUGAGGAUGUGACAAAACAUGUGCCAAGGGAUUAUGAACAUGGCCUAUGUUUGUGCUGAUUGGGGAAAGCGGUGUCACCUCUUCAAUUGCUUUUGACUUCUACUCCCAGACCGGUUUUGUUUUCUCAUAGAGAUUAUUCUCACCUCUUUCUGAUCAUCACUCAGCCACAUGAUGUUUUUAUCUUAUUUGUUGAAGAUACAAAAUUGCUUUAGUUGACUAUAAUUUAUCGUUUGCAUCAUUCAUGUCUUUUGAAGUGAGAUAUCUUUCUUCAAGAAAAUGGGAACAUUUUUCAGCAAGUUAAAUUUCUGUAGCUAUUGUGGUUAUUAUUGUUGUUACACUAUUUAUCAACAUUAUGGAAAUUUAGUUGUUGAAAUAUAUUCGUUGUAAGCUCUGAAGAGUUUGUAUUCUGAGCACUGCUGUUGUUUUUGAUUAGAACUGCUGUAUGUAUAUUACGUUUAAGUGAAUUGUUUACUGUAGUGCACUGUGUACUUUAUGUCCGCUAACGACCAUUCAUUUUACAGUGCCAUAUUUCUUGUCAUGUAUUUUAUCUAGUUCUGUGCACACACUGACCACUUAAAGGAAGUUAAUAUUUGGAAAAUAUAUGUCAUAUCUCAAGUAAUGAUAAUAGUUAGUGAAUCAGGGAUCUGUAUUUAUAAUAUUACUGAAGUGAAAAUAAUGGACGGAAGAUACUGCGUAUGAUGCCUUCAGUUAUGGGAAUUGAAUUUGGAUAAAACAGAAGAAAGUGGUGUGUUGCUUAUUCGUAUUUUGUGUAAUAUAUUAUAAAUAAUUUAAGUGCUUAGCUAACGUAUUUCAGUUUUAGAAUUUAAUCAGUUUGUCUACAGAUUGUGUAGACCCAACAUUCAGAAGAAACAAUUUUUAGAUUAUGUUCCUGGUACAACAUGGUAUGGUUACCUAGUUCAUGAAGACUGUGUGCAUUAUAAUGUGGAGGGGUAAGUUUGCUUAAUGACUCCUUGCUGUGUAACUGCAGUUUUACCUUACCUAAGUUAGCAAGAGAUGGUAUGUAUCAUACCUAAGAUAUCCUUAAUUGGAGUGGACCUUAAAAUGUGACCAGUGUUUGUUUUUAUAUAUGUGUUAGUGGCUCUUGUUCAGUUUAACUAGAUACGUUGACAGCUUCUAUCAUAUGACUUUUCAAUGUAGUUUUCACAUGUGAUCAGCCAUGUUGGUGUGGUGUUGGUGUCCAUGAAAUGUUGGACAGUAACUCAGCAUUUAUAUGGCCCAUUGCUGAAAUGACUUCCUUGUAUACUGUUGCUGUGAAAGCUUAAAAUCAUAUUAAAUAUUUUUGUUCGAACAGUAUCAUUGCUGUAGCGAAUGACAGUAGAUAAAAGUUGAAACUCUUCUGCAUUCAAUUGCUUAAACAUUUGUAGAUGAUAUGAAAUGUUUAGUUCUCCACAGAAGAACGUUAUAAGCUCAGAAUUAAAUCUGCUCUAGUUAAGAUAACAAUUUAAAAAAACGGUCAUGAGGUUUUGUUAAUAUUGUUUGUACAGUUUUGAAAUCUAAUCAUAUGUUGGAUUUGUAAUCUUUCUUCUUUGAAGAAAUUUGUUUUCGGGAAAGCAAACCAUAGACAGAGUUAUUGGUAAUGAAACAUACCCAAAGCAUUACAUCAAUCACAAUUGCAAACAAAGGCUCCAGAAAUUUAUGGAUUAUCAAGAAAUUGAAAAAUCUAUAGGGCAAAUGAAAUCAAAAUAUUCCUCCUUAUGUCAGUAUUUGACCAAAACAUAGUUACAAAACUGUGUAUGUUUGUGUCUUCAAAACAUUUGGUAUGUACUUAACAUUUUUCACACUGACAAGUAAUUUGUUUGAGCAGGGAAAUUUUGUACUAGUAAAAUGCCACCGUUUACUUGAAGUCCACUCUGCUGAGAAUGUGCAAAGGACAACCUGACAUGCAGAAAUUCUUACAGUCAUGUAUUAAUGUUUGUGACAGUCCAAGUUCCCACUGUUUGUGUCUGUUUCGUAGCAAAAGCAACACAUAUUUAGGCAAACUAAUGUAUUUCUCCUCCCCCCCCUCACUUCUAGAUUAAAAUGAUCUUUCCUCCUGCUUUGCUAACAUUUGCCUCCCAUGAAUGUUUCUUCAUGAAACAUGCUUCAAACACAGCCAUUGCCUGCUCAGUAGUAAUUUUACAGUUAUUUGUAUAUCUGGAUGUUAUCCAUCAUGCUGGUUUUAUUUAAAACAUGCAGCAUUUUGGAGACUGGAUUCUCUCUCUGUUUUCAGGUCCGGAGAUAGGGACUUGGAGUUGGGCCCAACUGAGUAGAUUCCACCUGAAAACAGAGACAGAAUACAGUUUCCAAAACAUUGUUUUUUUAACCCUUUAGCGCCGGCAGGCAUUUAAAUGCCUACUCAACUCCUAUGCCAGAGGAUAUUUAAAUAUUUAAAUCAGAGAGUGCAACAUUUCACUUAAAGUGUCAUAAUUCGGGAGAAACUGGAGUUUUGUUUUUCAGAUUUUCACACAACCUUCAGAAAAGUAUAUAGAAUCGGAAUAGUGAUCCAAACUAGUGAUCAAAAUUAUUUUUGGCACCGUAGGCUUAUAAAAAUUAUGAACAGUAGUAUUGUAUUACCUUAAAAAUUCAGUUUGGCGUGGUAGUUGCAAGAACACUCGAUGCAGAGUCCCACGCCACACACGUCACACCGGUACACAGUUUCCUUCUUCCUCCCGUGCUUUUGACACACAACAUGCUUUUUUGUGUUUAGAGUUCUUAGCCGUUGGAGGAAUCUUGCUUACAAAAUGUUGUUCCUUUAGAUGGGGCACUGUGUUGCCUGAUGGAUGUCGACCCAGCACUUUAUGUUCCACAGCAGUUGCCCCUUUCACAAAAAGUUCCUCACUCAAGUGAAUUCUGAAUGACAACUGAUCUAUAUUUUUGCCUGUAUAUUAUCAUUGCAUUCAGAAUUGAGGUGUUCAAUAGCCUCCGAAAUAGCUUCAUGUACCAUUUAUUCAUACGCUUCCUCUCAGUCAAAUAAGAGUGAAGCGGCUGGUCCUUCAGUUGACCCCUAUCAUUGACUUGUAGUCCAAUACUGAAACUGGCGUGGCCACUUCCUUGCCUCUAAUUGUAACAGUCCUGGUAUCAAGACUGUGAUAAGUGGAGAUCAUAGUCAUGAUUUUUUUGUUGCACCACUUUGUGACAGAAACAGGUCCAGAAUGCUGUGCCACAAUUUCGCCUUUUUUUAUAGUUUAAGUGUUUUUCACUUUUGGUGGGACAUUCUUACCGUUCAGCUUCAGAGUCCCAACACAGUUGGUCUUGUGCGUGAUUUUCAGUAGCCUGGCUGGAGAUGGGGGAAUUAUAGAAAUUAUCCAUCCGCACAGUCCAGCCUUGUUUCAGGAGAGGUUAUACCAGUUUCAGGACAAUGGCUGAAGUUUUAUUGGUGUAUGCUGUGGUCACAGGGAAGUCGAAGUUCUGUAUCCUUGCCGGUAUAUACAGGGAAGGACCACAAAUAACCUGUGGUGGAGUCACACAACUCGUAAGUUUUAAUUCCAAAUUUGGAUGCCUUGAGAGGGAUGUACUUUUUUAAAGACAGAUGGCCUUUCCAAAGUGUCAGUGAUUCGUCAGCUGAAAUGUCCUGGUUUAGGAGAUACAGUUCCUGAAAUUUGUUAUUAAGAUCUGAAGUUACUGGGAAAAUUUUGAAAAGUUUUUCUGGUCAUUCAAAAGUGCUGAUGUUUUCAUUGUCAGAGAAAUGCAAAUAUUUACAUAUUAACUCCAAAUCUCUCUCGUGUUAUAAUGUCUCUAAAUUCCAGUGUGGAAAUUACUCUUUUCAUGGUAAAAUAUGACCGAAGAGUGGGUUUUUGUAUAAUGCCCAUGAGCAUGAACAAACCCAACACAACAUAAAUCUCUCCCUCUGUCACAGGUUACCAUGCCCUAGCGUGUGACCUGACUGGUAGUUCAUGCCCAACUAGGAACUGCUCUGCAUGUCUGUUUCUGUGACUAUGGUAUCAAUAAAUUCUUUGUUGAAAAAAACUCAAAAACGUUCACAAUUUCCGUGACGUGUUUCACAGGACCUUGAACUCCAACACUGCCCGUGAAAUUUUCCCGCUGUCCCCUAUAGUUCUCCAUAUUCUCCCAAAUUAAGUCUUGAGUAUCAGUGUCAUCAUCUUCAUCACUGCCCUCAUUUCCCAUAGCAUCAAACAAGGCACGAUCAUCUAACUCAUUUUCAGUGUCAAAAUCUCAAUGUGACAGACUUUGUUCAGAAUUGCUUUGAAGCAAACAUUCCAACUCGUCCUCACUCAGCAUAGCUGAAUGUUUCUUGCUUGGCUAGCCAUUGGUGCUACAUUCAAACUGCAUGAUGCUGUUUAUAGAACAAAGGGGAAUGUACAAAGAGGCAUUCAUAUAGGAAAUUGUUUAUCAUAUCCAACAUAACAGUCAUAACAAACUUCUUUUAAAGUCAACAUCACAUAUCCUACAUGUUGUAAGUUCUACUCUUGGUUAGCGUGGUUACAAAUUCCAUCAAUCAGUGUGCACAGAGAGCGCACACUAUCGAUCUGGCAUAUUUAUUUCGUAACUAUUCCACAAGGUGGAUAUAGGUUUGUACGGUAACAGAGCGCACUACGUGGCAAGGUACAAAACUUCUUCAAAGAAUUCAAAUGAAAUACAAAUACCGUGGGAAGUUCAAAGUGGGACAACGAAUAUACGAAAUGAUAGCCAGAAACUUCCUCUUUAAUUUCAUACCAAAAGAAUUGCUUUACAUGAAAAAAACAGUUCAAAACAGGAACUGAAACUUAGCACUACACUAAGCGUACAGGGUACAGAGCCCUGCGGCAUGUGACAGAAACUGCUGGCAUGCAGUCACCGAGCCAGGCACUGAAGGGUUAAACAAAAACAGGAUGAUGAAUAAUGUCCAGAAACAAUAAUUGUAUUAAUAUACCAUCAUCACAAACUUUUAGAUCUUAUUAAUAAUUUGUUUGUCUGUAUAAACUCUCCUGAUUAUAAUAACACAUUCAUAAUUAUUUGUGCAGACUGUAAAAGUCAGCUUCCAGAACUGAAGCGGCACUUGUUACAUGCCAAGUAUUAUUUUGCAGUAUUAGGGUAUUGAAUGUCAUUGGAUUAUUUGCUAGGUUCAUCACCUUUCUCCAUCACAGCUCACAGCCAUGUGGUAACCACAGUGGUGUUUGUAAUUCUUGCCUUAAUUGUUUGUCACUGUUGUAGAAAAGCAUUUGAACAUCUGUGAAGGGUGACAGUGAUUUUUAUCUGAUUUGUAUGUUAUGUCAACUGUUAUUCAGACUUGUACGACUUUUGCUGUUACGUAGGGGAGCUUACUGUCACAGGAGAUAGUUUGGCUGUAUUCAGAAUGUUAUCCAGAACAGAAUCCAGUAGCACCUUAUUUUGCAGGAAUUUGUAUUUGUUACAGAGGAAAAAAAAAUUCUUUUAAACAUCUGUGUUAUGUCAGUGAAACCCCUCACUGGCAGAUAAACUUUCUUUGCAGAUGUAAUUAUGUGGCCAUCCUUUAGUUUGAGAAUAGAAUUUCACCAUAGCCAGUCAGUUAAAAGAUUGUAUCUUGAAUGUAGGUUAUGUGAUCACAGUGUUUUCAGACUGGCUGCAAGUUGAGACUGCCAUGUUUAGUAUAGAAUUUGUCUACUGGAUUGGAUCUGAAAUUCUCAUGGCAGUGACAAUGAAGAAUUCUGUCUUAUGGGAUGUACAAAAGUCAGCUGACAUUCCUAAGGAACAUACCACCUCCAUCUUGAAGUUUCCUUUUUCUUAAUGGUUUCUUUCUUAGCUUGACUUCAACCCUGAAGGUGGAGGCACUAUGUUCAUCUGAAGUAUCAGUUGACUUUUACCAUACUGCAUGGCAUUACAUCCCAGAUAGUCGAACUGUACUCUAUUAGGUGAUGGUGGAAUCCACUGAAUCAUUUGCUGUUACUUUUAAAACUGUAGGUUGUAUCACUGAACAGAGAUGAAUCAUUUUGUUUUCGAAAACAGAACAGAGUAAGCAACAGCCACAUCAAGUUCUGUUUCAUAGUAGUGAACCAUGGAAUCUGACAGCAUGCAAGAACUUGUUCUUGGAUAGGGAACAGUGAACAGAACUGAGGCAUAUUUGAUUUAUUUCAUUCUGGUCCAUCACACUAACAAUCACAAAUACAAAUCACUCCGUCCAAUGUGACAUAUAAGUUUUAUUACAUGAAAACCUAUCAACCCUUACAUGGUUCGGUCCUUAUGGGCCAUCUGUUGACAAUAAGUUUUUAAACAAUAUCUAGAAAACUUUUUUAAAAAAACUUUACAGUACCAGGAAGCUGCUGUGAUUAUGAAACGUUCGUUUCUAUGCGUAUUGUGCAUUGUAGGUUAUGUGUAUGUAAUCAAAUCAAAACACCUAUUGUGAUAGUAGUUUCCAGCUUGUAAUGAUGUUCCCUCCAAAGAUGGUCCAUAAGGACUGAA